AUGUUGGACCAGGANUGCGUCAAGGGCAUCCUUAUCAACACGGUCAUGCUCGGAGCCUUCGUCAUGGCGAAAAUGAAGCAGAAGAAGCUCGCCAUCACCGGCAAGUCGCAAGGUCUCCCGGAAGGAGGGGUUAUCACGUGCGAUGACGUCAUGCAAGAAUACCUCGAGGACGGACGCCAGAAGGGCGUGGGCAUGGGCGGGGAGGAGGGCGAGGCGACACAAGGGGUGAAGGCUCUAGCGGGCGGGGACAGGGACCGGACGGAGAUAAAGGGGGGCGGGGGCGGGGGCUUGAAGGAGGGCAGGGGGGGCGCGGGCGGGGGGGGGAGGAAGAGAGAGGGCGCCGGGCUGUUGUUGGUCGUGGGCGUGGGCAAGGGCGGGGGCGAAGAGAAGGAAGGGGCGGGCGUGGGAGGGGCGGCGGGCGGGGUGGCGUUCGUGAUCAAGUGGGUGAGGGGGUUGUGGCGAAUGCCACUGGGCAGGGUGCUGGUCGUGGUCGAGUGGUCGGAGGGGUAGUGGGGAAUGCCGGCGUAUCCAGGUCAGGGCGAACGCUGACGCCGGCACGCGUAGUCGACGUGUAGGUUUUUCUGUACCGAUCCGAACUCAACCUAGUUUGAUUCCAAAUCGGUUGAAACCGCCCUUGGAAUUGGCACGGAGUCGGCAAUCAAGUGGUUGGAGUUUUUUUGGAGCGUCGAGCAGUUCUGCGAUUGUACGAGGCCACGCUGUACCGUUCUAGCGGUUUGAAUCAGUUGCUGACUGGAAAACCCGGGGAUGUGAACACUCCGUCCCCGGUUGGGAACUCCCCCCCCCCGAUUGUAUUUACUUGCUCCUUGCUUUAGUGUCGAGGUCUGGGUCAAACGGCGAAUCAUGGGGUGAAAGCGAAGUAGAGAAAAACAGGAGAUGCAGCAUCGUGCAUAUCGGGACUGACUGGGGGUUGCCGUAGACAGACGCGAACACCGGUAAAUGCACCCGCUUCUUACCAAU